AUGGGCUCCACCAUGCCCGACAACAUCCUCGACGACAUCUCGCACCGACGAUACAACGCUCUACGAGGCUCUUGGGUGCUAGUAUCUCCGCAUCGGACGAAGAGACCAUGGCAAGGCCAGCAAGAGGAGUCGAGCGAGAACACACUGCCGAAUUAUGAUCCUUCAUGUUAUCUAUGUCCUGGCAACAAGCGAGCACAAGGCGAUUCGAAUCCAAAGUACGACAGCACAUUCGUCUUUGUGAACGACUAUUCGGCUGUGAAAGAGCAACAAGCAGAGUAUAUCCCACCAAAGGAAGAUGGCACUCUGGCAUCACGAUUACUUAAGGCAGAGAGUACGACUGGCAAAUGCUAUGUCAUUACCUUCUCUCCAGCACACAACCUCACACUGGCCGACAUGCCGCCUCAAGAUAUCCUGCUAGUGAUACAGACAUGGACCAAGAUCUACACCUCACAUCUGGACCCACGAUCGCCGUUGUACAAAGCUGCGCAAACGAACGGUCUGCAGAACGGCGAAGUGACCGACGAGGCAAGACAGCAAUUCCGGUACAUGCAGAUCUUCGAGAACAAGGGCAGCGCAAUGGGAUGCUCGAAUCCACAUCCUCAUGGCCAAGUCUGGACAACAACGUCAUUACCCGAAGAGCCUAGCUUGGAGCUCCAGAACCUCAAACAAUAUCGUCACGAGCAUAGCGGGGCGCAUCUGCUGGUUGACUAUGCGAAGUUGGAGAGCGAGGCUGGCGAGCGAACAGUGUUUGAGAACAGCAGCUUUUGGGCAGGUUGUCCCUGGUGGGCGACAUGGCCGUUCGAGAUCAUGGUCAUUGCUAAGCAACACAAGCGGGCUCUUGUGGACUUCAAUGAGAACGAAAAUAACGACUUGGCCGAGGUGAUGUCCGAGGUGACAAGACGAUAUGACAAUCUAUUUGAGACGAGCUUCCCCUACAGCAUGGGACUGCAUCAAGCGCCGCUUACAGGCACCGACGAGGAAAUCGAAGCGUCACACUUCCACAUUCACUUCUACCCGCCUCUUCUCCGAAGCGCCACAGUGCGCAAGUUCCUGGUGGGAUACGAGAUGAUGGCAGAGCCACAACGUGAUAUCACCCCAGAGCAAGCAGCGAAGCGACUACGAGAUUGCGGUGGCGAGCUGUACAGGAAGAAGUUGUGA